AAAGUGUACAUAUACUUUGAAACAAAAACUACCAGCAUUGAAAUGACUCCUGGUGAUAAUAGUUUGACCAUUCCCAUUCUUUUCAAAGCUGUUUCUGAUGUUAGCAUUGAAGGCAAUCCAAAUCCAGAACAGGUCGCUUACGACGGGAAAAGAAAGGAAGAAAAAUCAAUUUCUUUAAGUCACACAUAUUACGUGUGGAAUCAAGGACCAAGCCCAUUUAAUGUUGCUGACAUUAAGCUCUACGUGCCGUCGUCGUUUCGGGGAAAAGAUGGCUUUGUGAAUUUCCUUUCUGGCUUUAGUGUAAAGGCGGACUUUGGAAGAUCUGUAACAGUUCCAGCAUAUUGUAACAUCACUUAUCUCCAAAGCAAGCUUGCAAGCAGAAAUACGUCUACAGCAAAUGAUGUACCAAAAAGUUACGACUCCAAGGAGAGUACUACUGAAACAUAUAACCCUGCUAAGUCAAUGAAUAUGGGAGAUGACACUGUAUCGUCUCAUUUAGACAAGAAAACAGCAGUCACUAAGAGAAAAGACAUCGUUGUUAACUGCAAAACUUCUGUUUGUGAAGAGAUUCACUGCUAUGCCUCUCCAUUUUUGGACGCCAAAAAAGUUGCAAGAAUCACCGCUUCUUUUGUAAUUGACGGAUCCAUAUUUGAUACAUUUUUGGAUGAGUGGUCCCUAGUAAAAUAUGUAACAGAAGGACAUGUAUCUAUUCGAGGAGAAAAAGAUAUUCAACCUAUUCAAAACCAUCCAGACAAAAAAGAGAUUAGUACUAUUAUUGUCCAUUCCGGACCUCCACCUCCUGAAGAAAUCGAUCAAUGGAUCAUAUUUGUCAGCAUAGGUGUUGGUGUACUUCUUCUGCUUCUGAUUCUCGUCUUACUGAUACGAUUUGGAUUUUUUAAGCGAAAACAGAAAGAAAAGUUGAAGCUAAUGGUAGCAGGGACUGAGGGAGAAGAUAAUGAAUCAUUUGGUGAAGCUGAAAGAAAUGAUGAAGCAUUAGAAUGAAGGAAAAAAUAAUAAAAAAUUGAAAAUGAAGUUAUUAUACUCUAAAAUUUGUUUCUCAUAAAAUUAGUUCUUCAUAAAAAAAAAAGUCUAAGAGAAGCCGGAAUUGAAGCAACCGAAAUAAUUUAGCAGCGUUAUUGUAUUACAUUUCUCCUGCCUUCAUAUUUGACUCUUCAUAAUACUUUAUAAAACAGACCUGUUUCUAUGUGUACUUAUUACUUGAUAAA